GUUUACUUUAUUUUGUGAAAUUGAGACAGAGCAAUAAAAAAAAAAUUAAAGGACAUGUUUUCUACAAUAUCAAUUGCGGUUUUUAUAAAUUUAAAUGAAGGAUAUAAUGAGACUCGCAUAGAGGCUAUCGAAAGAAGAAAUUUAAGAGACGCUUCGAAUCUGGAAAUGAAUUCUAUAUUUUUUCAGAGGAAUUUUCGACUUUCCAAAGAAGCAGUUAUUUAUAUCCUGAAUGAAGUAGAAAACGAAUUGCGUGUACGGAAAAAUAAGUCAUCCAUACCAAAUAUAAUAAAGGUAUGCGCAACUCUAAGAUUUCUAGCCCAGGGAUCAUACCAACAGAGUGUUGGUAAUGAGGCGUUACUUGGCUUAGCCCAACCUACUGUUUCCAUUGUAUUGAAAGAAACAUUAAGUGCUUUGAAAACCACUCUAUGUAGUAAGUGGAUUAGCUCCAAGUAUACUGAGGAAGAAAAGAGAAGAGCAAAAUCUAGCUUCUUUGCAUCAAGUGGUAUUCCCGGAGUAAUUGGAUGCAUUGACGGGACCCACAUUAAGAUUGUGGCACCAGAAAAAAGUUUGCAGCAUUUGUAUUACUGUCGAAAGGAGUAUUUUAGCAUAAAUGCAAUGCUAACCUGUGAUGAUUUAAUGAAUAUAAAAUACAUCAAUGCCGGGGUGCUUGGCACUACACACGACUCCAUGGUUUUUCAAAUGUCGGGAUUAAAAAGACAAUUGGAGUCAAUGUAUAACCGUGGUGAAUCUAACACCUGGUUAUUAGGUGACGCUGGAUAUGCCUUAGCGCCUUAUUUGCUAACACCUUACAGGAAUCCUGAAGAAGGUUCAGUAGAAAGUUUAUAUAACUCGCGGCACUCUAAAGCAAGGAAUAUUAUUGAAAGGACGAUUGGGGUUUUAAAGAGUCGGUUUCGCUGUUUGCUAAGUGCUCGCGCACUUCACUACACUCCUGCAAAAGCCACUUUGAUCAUAAAUGUUUGUGCAGCUUUACAUAAUAUUUGCAAUCAUUACAAUGUACCAUACGACGAAGAGGAUAUUGCAGAUGUGCAAAAUGAGAAUUCGGAAAUUGCAAUAGAAACUUCUGAAAAUGACUCUACUCCUAUGCGACAAGCUGCAGAAGAAAUCAGAAGAAAUGUACUGUCUUGUUUGCAUUGAUUUUUACUAUAUUUCUUUAGGUUUUUAUCAAAAAAUAAUAAAGCUUCUUGCUUCAGGUGCAAACUCAGUUUUUUUGGUGUAUACUUCAAUAUUUGAAAGGCUUUGUUUCAUCUCUUUUAGUGUGGCCAAAGUUUCCUUUUGAAAGUCAGCCUGCUGAUCCGUCUGCCGCUCAAGGAGUGCAAUUUGUUUUUCUUCUCCCUUUUAGGGUUAGAGCUGCUAUUUCGGCCAUGCACUCGCGAAGGUAUCACAUUUCGCGAAGGCCCUGGGAUAUCGUGGUCUGAAUAUAUUUCCACUUCCGUAACGGACUCAUUAUCGUCAUUAUUUUCUAUUCCAAAUUCUUCGCCUGGCGGAUUGUUGUAAGUGGUGUAGCUCAUUAGCCUGUUCACCGUCUCUUCCAGAUUUGAGAGUGGAACUGUGUUAUUUGGCCCACCUCCAGUUGCUAAAUUCUCUGCGUGGUUGUGAGCGCUCUUUUUCUUUGUUUUAUAUUUUAAAUCGUUCCAAACGUACAGUAAUAAAAUAUUUUAGUCUUUCAGUUCCAAAUAUACGCACUACUAAUAUGCUUACUCAUUGCCAUGCAUCUGAUGAUCGUGUUGGUGUUCCUAACGAGUUCAGCUCCUGAGUAAUUUUUUCCCAACGUGGUUUCGCGACAGUUUUAUGACAUAUUCCUCUUGCGAGGUCGGUAUUCUCCUCCAUUAGCGAAGCAAGACGCUCUAGUUGAUGCUUUGUACUCACAACUCUCGGCCUAAAGAAAUUUUUGAAUUGGGUUUAUAACUAGUCCUAAUCUAUUUUUGCUCUUUUUAAUACUUACAUUAUU